AUGGCAGAUGGCGCUUACGGAAAGCCUGGUAUGGGCAUGCCUGGGCCUCCUUACCCUCCUCCAGGUGCAGGACUUGGUGGCCGCCCGACUGUGUCAAUAGAUGUGGCCAUCUGUGCCGUUUUCAUUGCCAUAUUCCUCGUGGGAGCGAUAUCGCAUUUUACCAUGUUUCGAAAGAACCUGAAACGCAACCACAAGUUCAUCCCGUCUGCAGCGAGCGGGGGAUUUUGCAUGGCCCGUAUUGUUGCCAACAUCCUCCGCAUAGUUUGGGCCGCUAACCCGAUGGAUAUCGAUAUUGCGAUUGCUGCACAGGUCUUUGUUGCCGCGGGUGUUUUGAUACUGUUCGUGCUCAACUUGAUAUUCGCACAACGCAUGCUUCGUGCGAGUCAUCCCGCCGUUGGUUGGUCUCGCCCGGUGUCUUACGCCUUUAAAAUACUCUACAUCCUUAUUGGCUUAACGUUGGUAAUGGUCAUCACAGCGACCGUGCAAAGCUUCUUCACCCCGGAUCCUCACACCCGACAAAUUGAUCGUGACCUACAGCUUUUCGGCGGUAGCUUGCUGACUUUUGUUGCCUUCCUCCCAAUACCUAUACUUGCAUGUAUUUAUCUGGCUCCCGGACGGCAACCACCCGAGCAAUUUGGUUCUGGAUCCUGGUCGGCAAAGGUCAUCAUCGUAGCCACUGCAGCUUUUCUUUUGACUCUUGGCGCUGGGUUCCGUAUCGGAGUCAGCGCCUCUCCUCCUCGAGCGCCUACCAAUCCUGCGUGGUUCCACCAUAAGGCUUGUUUUUAUGUUUUCAAUUUUGUGCUCGAAGCCAUGGUUGUCUACAUGUUCCUCUUUGGGCGUAUCGACCGCAGGUUUUUCGUUCCUAACGGAAGUUCUAAAACACGCAACUACACUGACAACCGAACUGAACCCAAGACAACAAGCGACGAUGAAGCAGGCCAAAGCCAGGUUGUCAUACCUUGA